AUGGCUUCAAAACUGUUGUUGAUUACUGUCUUUAUCUUUGAUCUCAUAGCAUUUGGUUUGGCUGUUGCAGCUGAGCAGAGAAGAAGCACUGCCACUGUCCAACAGGAUUCUGAAAAAGAUUACAAUUACUGCAUCUAUGAUUCAGACAUUGCAACUGGCUUUGCUGUUGGCGCAUUUUUGUUCCUAUUGGCUAGCCAAGUCCUUAUUAUGUUUGCCAGUAAAUGCUUCUGCUGUGGCAAGCCUUUGAGUCCUGGAGGUUCAAGGGCCUGGGCAGUUAUCCUGUUUAUAGUCUGCUGGGUGUUUUUCUUCAUUGCUGAGAUAUGCUUGUUCGCGGGUUCAAUAAAGAAUGCCUACCACACCAAGUACCGGAAUAUUUUCAAUGAACCCCUGGAUUGCCCAUCAUUGAGGAAGGGAGUUUUUGCGGCAGGAGCUGCUUUUACUUUGUUCACUGCCAUAGUGUCCGAGUUCUACUACGUUUGCUACUCCAAGGCCAGGGACAGCUUCCAUCCAUAUGGUGGCGAAGUGGGUGUGGGUAUGGGAACCUACAAAUGA